AUGUCUUUGGAACUUCCGGUGUUUGAUAUUUCAAAGCCUUUAAGCGAGUCAUCGCUGACGUCACUACAAGAUGCGUGUAAAGAGUGGGGUUUCUUCUACGUGACAAACCACGGCGUCUCCGGCGACAUGUACAAGAAACUCCGGCGAUUCUCCGGCGGAGUUUUCGAGCUAGGAGACGAGGAGAAGAUGAAGAUGGGAGCGUAUAACUACACUCCACGUUUCAUCGCAUCUCCGUUCUUUGAAAGCCUCCGUGUCUCAGGUCCCGAUUUUUACGCUUCGGCUAAGUCUUCUGUUGAUGCUUUUUCCGACCAACCUAUGGAUGAAGAGUUCAGCGGGUUGAUGAAAGAAUAUGGAGAAAAGAUGACAGAACUAUGCGAGAAAAUAAUGAAAGCCAUUCUUGCCAGCUUCGGAGACGAUCUUCAUCACAAAUAUUACGAGUCUGAGUUUGGAAACUGCCAUGGCUACUUCAGGAUCAACAACUACACAAUCCCUUUACAAGAAGAUCAAGAAGAUGAUGAACAUGAUCAAGACGAAGUUGAUUUGAUCGAAGGGCUGGGAAUGCACACGGACAUGAGUUGCAUCACGAUCGUUGAUCAAGACGACAUUGGAGGUCUUCAAGUCAGAACCAGAGACGGGAUGGGUCUGAUGGAUAUUAACCCUAAAGAAGAAGCUCUUGUCGUCAACGUCGGAGAUCUAUUGCAUGCUUGGACCAACGGACGGCUGAGAUCGUCUCAACACAGGGUUGUAUUGAAACGGCGUGGUUUCGUCGGUAACAGAUUCUCACUGGCGUUUUUCUGGUGCUUCGACGAUGAGAAAGUCGUGUUUGCCCCUGACGAAGUCGUUGGAGAUUGUGAGAGUGAGAGGGUAUUUCGGUCAUUCAAGUGUGGGGAUUAUUUGAGGUUUAGGGAGAGUAAUGAGAAAGGGAAGUUCGAGAAAGUUGGGCACACGGUCGAAGACUUUGCACGAAUUGAAGAUCAGUAA